AUGGGCGACGCCACAAGUGACAAAAAGGUGAUUGGGAACAUAUUGGAACGUCUCCCUGGAAAGUUCCCGCGCGCAACCAUUCCCGAUGGUGUUGAUCCAACCACAGUUGCGUUAUCCGUCAUUCAGGCCUUCCCAGAUUUGCGGGAUGGCGACUUCACAGACGAUGCGAUAUGGCGAGACAUCUAUGCACUCACAGGUACGAUGAGGACUUUUUACUCGGGCACCACCGUAUCCAGCGUAUGGACACAACUAGCCAAGAAGCAUAAUGUUUCUUCAGCAAAGGUUGUUCCAGGGUCACCCCGUGUGGUUCGUCAUGACGACCAGCAAUCAGCUUGGGUAGAAUGCAGGUUCGUGUUCACCACCUCGAAACCAGCAACUGAGUGCUCGGGUUUUCUCUCCCUGGUGCCGCAUGCCGAUGGACAAUGGAAGAUCUGGAUUCUAAGGACAAUUCUUGAGCAACUCUCAGGGCAGCCGAACGUCGACACACUUGAGGAAUGUCAAUACUUGGAGUUUGAAGCAGCCAACAGAGCCAAUCCAGAAGACGAUGUCUUUCAGGGAAUAGUUGUCAAUGGAACCAACGGUCAUAAGGAGAACUUCCAUUUUCAAGCCGUCAUUAUCGGUGGUGGACAGGCGGGGUUAAGCACUGCUGGACGCUUACAGGCUUUGGGCGUCUCUUACGUUGUCCUUGAGAAGAACAAACAAGUCGGCGAUGCCUGGCGCUUAAGAUAUGAUUCUGCGAAGCUUCAUACAAUUCGCGAGUAUGCGCAUCUGCCGUUUGGUCGUACCUUUGGUCCCGAGUACGACGAGUAUCUCACGAAAGACGAUCUAGCUGACGGACACCGAAAAUGGGCGGAGAAAUAUUGUAUUAAUGUCUGGUUGGCAACAACAGUAAUGUCCGCACGCUGGGAUGAGCUAAGUGGACUUUAUUCGCUACGCGUCCGGCGGAACGACGACGUGCUGGAGAUAUCGGCGAAGCAUGUCAUCUUCGCGACAGGAGCCGGGUCUCAGACUCCUUCAAUGCCUCAACUUCCGGGGCGGGAUAAUUACCAAGGCAUUGUCAUGCAUUCAGCUGAUUAUAGAUCGGCGGACAAAUGGAAAGGUAAGUCUGGAGUGGUCGUUGGCACAGCAAAUACAGGUCAUGAUGUCGCCGAUGAUAUGGUCGAAGCCGGCAUGAGAGUGACAAUGGUCCAAAGAGGUCGCACAUACGUGCUUCCGGUCGAAUACAUCGAGGGAGGCUAUAAAGCGGUAUACAAUGACAAGAUGCCGACUGAGGUGAGCGAUCGAGUCAUGCUCACGAAUCCUGUCUCUAUCAGCCGCAUUGUCUCAUCGAAAGCGUUUCACGCUAUGGCACGAGCACAACCGGGAAGAUGGGCUGCUCUUGAAAAAGCCGGGUUCAAAGUUGACCCUUAUGGCGAUAUUCAGCAUGCCAUAAAUGUCCGUCUGGGUGGUCAUUACAUCGACAUUGGCACUUCGGCGAAGAUUGCCAAAGGUUUGAUCAAGAUAAAAUCCGACGCCCUCCUAACAGGAUACACAGCAAAUGGGCUGGUGUUCUCCGAUGGAUCCGAAGUCAAGGCCGACGUGAUCGUAUUUGCAACAGGAUUUGUCGGAAAUCUACGCCAGCACGUGGAAGAAAUCUUUGGAAAGGAGAUCGCUGACCGCGCUGGAGACUGUUUUGGCCUGAACGAAGAAGGAGAGAUUUUAGGAGCGUUCAAACCUUUGAAGCAACCCGGACUAUGGUAUAUCGGUGGAACACUGGGACAUGCGAGAUUCUAUUCCCGAUUUGUCGCUCUCUCCAUCAUGGCGGAAGUUAUCGGUACUCCUUUGCCAGUAUACACAGACUGCCAGUACAAGUUGCACUGA